GACGUGCGUUUUACUUCCUCUUUGAAUUCCCAUUUCACCCUCAUAAAAUUCCCAAAACUACGCCAAGUUUUCAAAUCAUUAACUCCAAACGCCUGGCGGCACGGACCAAUCACUUUCCCAUGAAUUCACACGUGGCAAGACUAUAUGGAGAGUCCGUUCCCCGCGUUUCAGAGCGCGGGUCAUUGAAGCAUCCAUGUCUCCUGUCUCACACAAUCUACAUUCCCAUCGACUAGAGUCAGACUCACAGAGUCAGAAUCCUGAAAAGAAAAGGAGCAAAACGCGCAAAUCAAUCAGACAGUAUCUUUUCAAAAGCUAGGAAAUUACCGACUUGUGAGGAAAAGUUUCAGAUUGCUUCCGUCUAUGGCAAGGAUCGAAGAGGUGGGACCAGAAACACCGGUUACACCUCCUGCUUCGCCGCCGCCGCCGUCUUCCUGCAUGUUUCUCUUGAGAAUCAUGAGCAAGAGGAGAACCUGGGCGUGUAUGUUCGUGCUUGUGUACGGUAUCCUGCUCGUUUUUUCGUGGAAUUUCCUGAAAUCGACGCUUUCUUGGUACAAUUUAGAAGCCCAAUCUUCGAGUUCCGGAUGGCCGGCGCUUUACGCUUCGGUGCUUCUCGGAGUUGUGUUCGGGGUGCUCUCUAUGGCGGCAGCUCUGGCGGUGAUGGUGCCGGCCGUCUUGGUGACGUGGAUCGCCGUGGUGGUGUUGCUGGCGUUCUUCGGAAAGCCGAGGAAGGCUCUGGUGGUGGAAGCGAGGAAGAUCACGAGGGAGAUCUUCAGUUUCGUGAUGAGGGUUUUGCUAAAGGAGGGGAACGUUGUAGCCGCACUUUGUGCUGUUUUGGGGUAUUUCGCUCUGGUUAGAAGGAACGGUGAAUCAGUGAUUGAUUGAAGAGAAGAUGGUGGUCGGUUGGUGCGAUUUGGUAAAGUGUCAUGGUGUCGUUUCUGACACUGCGUGGUCGUUUUGCUGCGGUUGUAAAUUUGGGAGUCAAACAGGCAACGUUGUUCAGCAAAGCUACGUAAUUAAGUUGCUUAGGUUGUAAACUAAAUGGGAUUCGGAAGUAGCUGUUUGGUGGAUCGGUGUGUGUGAUAGUGAUGGGGUUUGAGCCUUUGAGGAGAAAAUGAAAUGGGACAGUUAGUUGGGGACAAUAUGGGUGAAGACAUGUUGAUGAGAUUGGUAACGAGGAUGUUGUCCUGAUAAGCAAAGGAUUGAGUAAUAAUUGAAGGAGAGGAGACGAUGGGGAGGGUCAAAUGUGGGUCAAAAGUAUGAAACAUUGACAAGGAAAGCAAAUCGGUUAAGUUGAAGCAGACAAUGACAACCCAGCUGUGAACAUUCAUCAUCGCUUGGACCAAGUUCCUAUUCCUAAGCAAAUCCUAAAGGCUCUACCUGCUUGCUUAUUGGGCAGUUAUCAUGAAUCUUUAAAAAUUCUAUAAUACAGUGAUUAACAAUGUUAAAACCUUUUAUGUUAUUCACAUUAAACCAUGAACCGGAUAUUUAGAGAACAAAUCCAUCAUCCAUUUGUUUUGUCCCGAUAGAGAUCAGGAUCAGCUACA